UCCUUGAUCAUUCCAAUACACUGUUCACUUUUUUUAAAUCAGGUAUUUGAUGGAUGGAGCAGAGUCGAGCUCGGAGAGCGAAAUGGAAGUGGAUGACGGGAGUGAAGAGGAGACGAACACAAAGAGUCUGCAAAAGAGUGGGACACAAGUGGCCUCCCCAAAAACACCAGAGAACAGGAAGGAAGAUGAUGAAUAUGCUGGCUCCACUGAUGUAGAGGAACCAGGUGAUGAUGAUGAUGAUGAUGAAUCUGCUGUGGACACUGAGGACGAGCUGCAGAGAGUCGAGAAGGACAACAGACGGAAAAGACCAGCAGAAGUAAACAUGAUGAAAGAGGAGGAUCUGUACCUGGGGUCGACGGACGAAAACACAGAUGCUGAGGCUGAAGAGGAUCAACCCAUUCCUGAGCUUCCAGACUUCCUGAGUGGAAGACACUUUUUCCUCUACGGUAAAUUUCCUCACAAUGAAAGACGGCUUCUGCUGCGAUACAUCGCUGCCUUUGAUGGAAUGAUUGAAGACUACAUGACAGAGAAGGUACAGUUCGUGGUGACCAGUGAAGGCUGGCACGACUCUUUUGAAGACGCACUGAUGGAGAAUGGCAAUCUGAACUUUGUCAAACCCGCAUGGAUCUAUGCGAUCAACGAACGACAGAAGAUGCUGCCCUACCAACCCUACACCGUCGUCCCCUGAACCACAGAGAGGUGUGUGCAGGAAAAGACAGAGACAUUCUUCUGUUGUUUGACGUUGAAGAAGCAAUAAAAUAAUUGUAGUUAGGGAAUAUUUUUGUUUGUGUUCAUGAAAUGCAUUCUCUCUUUUUUCAUAAUGUUUUUUGUCUUUUGGUCGAGGAAGGUGUGUGCGUGUGUGUGCGCGUGUGUGUGUGUGUGUGUUAGAGUUUUAUUCUAAACUCUUCUGUGUUGUUAAACUAGUUAAACUGAUAGUGUGUGAUUAUGGACUGGAUUGACUGAUAGUAGGACGUAAAAUAUGCAUUAAUAAAAAACCACAUGGAAAUAUAGAACUAGUUUACUUAACCAACGACUUGUUAUGACUUUGUUUUUAUUUUUUAAAUAAAAAGACUUUUAAUUCACUAAUAA